AUGGAACAUAGUGUGGUUUCCCCCUUGUGCGAUAUAACCCCCGGUAAAUAUGACAAGUAUAGAGAAGAUACAAUUACCACCGCUUGUUCCUUAGAACUAGAUCUUAAGGAACUAGAUAGUCAUUUUGGGGAAUUUUUGUGCGAUAAAAUUUCGGGUGUGUGCCAAACACACCUGCUCACAAAUGAAACUCAGCAAGUAACCUUUAUACUUGGUCUAUCUACCGAUUUAGACGCUAAUGAUGAUGUGCCACAGUCUUUAAAGCACAUAAAUAUGUUUGAAGAAUGUUCCGUUGGUACUAGGAAAUUCCAUAGUACUUUGGAUGUCCUUGCCCAUGUCAGUCAACGCAUUAGCGCUGAGGAUGCAGUUGAUUUGCCAUUAAAUAACUCGAUAUAUGAUCUAAGAAAGCGUGUUGAUGUCAAUUUUUUCGCCAAUGGCCAGCUCAUAACUAGAUUUUUUGGUAAAUAUUGGAUUAUACUUGCAGCACUCGGUGUCUAUAUUGAUAACUUCUUGAUAUUAAUGCGCUCAAUUGUUGAUAGAUUUAACUGGAUGCCUGCCAAAAGUGGUAAUAAUGGUGUUAAUGGAAUAAAAUACUGUUUUAAGUUGGCAGAUGAGGGUAAUUUGGCACAAGCACUUAAAUAUGCAUAUAAGCUAUUACACAAUAAUGAUUCAUCACAUUCUGACGAGGCAGUGAAAAAAAAAACGGAUGAAAACAAAGAAAACAUCACAGAAUAUAAGGUUGAAAAUAAUAUCAAGCUCAUAGAAUUGCUACAAAAUCACUGUACAGUAAUUCCACCUAAACAUACAUUCGCAGCACUAAAAACAACGUUCGAAUUUGUUGGCAAUUUAUCUAAACAGUGCAAGAUCGUUGAUCCUAAGAAUAUUGAGGUUGAAAAUUUAUUGGGCUGCUUAAAUUGCCAAGCUGGAAACUUCUUCCGUUCAAUAUUCCACUUUAUUCGGGCGCUUAGCCUUAACCCAUACGAUGUAAAUACCCUAACAAAUCUUGUCAUGUUGUAUAACAAAUUUGGGCUUCAAACUGAAAUGUGGUCUGCAUUGUCACUCCUUAAUACAAUUGCACAAGGGGACGAUAUUGAUCCACUUAUUGUAAUUAGGGUAGAAAGAGUAACGGCAGUGAUUUUGUCCAAAUCAUUGGGCCGUAAUGGGGCUAAAUUUGCCAAGAAAAUGACUAAUGAUUGCCUGAAGAAAGCUGAAAAACUGGACGAUUACCCCAAGGAAUUGUACACCAGGAUGCUGUGCAAUUUUAUAGAGAUACAUAUACGUUUAGCCGAGUACAAAGAGGGCAUAAAAUUUGCGAAUGAAAUGACUGAUAAAUAUCCCAAUUGCGCGCCUCUUUGGUUCAUUUGUGCCAAGAUUAAGUUUUACAAUCGUGAUUUUGAAGGUGCACUGGGUGAUAUUUUGCAGUCUAUUAAAUUAGAUCCCUACUCAUCAGCAACGUAUCUUUACGCAUGCAAGAUAUUGACGAAAUUGAACUAUCUACCUGCCGCAUGGUUUAGCUUCAAAAAUUGUGUAUAUAGUGACCCUAAUGCGCUAGAGUUUCACUCACAGUGUGGAGAAAUCGUCACUUCAUUUGGGCUAGAGAAAUAUCUGAUCAAAAUUUAUAGUAAUUUGGCUUGGAUUUAUCCCGAUUCGAAGAUAGCUCACAUGUUUUUAACCACAUUUCAGACACUGAAUGUUACUACUGAUAAACGCCACGUGGCGCUACUUAAACUUUAUGCAAAGAGGGCAUUGUUAACCAUUAUAAUUAUGAUGUUUGUCGAAAACAUCUAUCACAUGUUUCAAUGA